GACGAGGCACGAGGGCGCAGGGAGGGGGAGCUGGAAAGCGCGGCCGGGAAAGCAUCCCACUGUCAGAGGAUGUGCAAAAUCGUUUUCCUCCUUCGGGGGUGAUGUUGACACGCGACAUGUUAGCGGCUGCUGGGGCCAGCUCGCCACUGUUUUCGUGUUAACCUCCUGCUCUUCAACGCGAAGGUCCAAGGCGGAGAAAGUGUCACCUUUCCCUCCUCCAGGUCAGCGCAAAGGCCACCAGCAUGCCCGUCCACGAACCCGACAGCAUCCUGAGCUACCAGCGGCCGGAUGAGGAGGUGGUGAUAGACCAGGGUGGGACGAGCUCAGUGCUGAACAUUCACUAUGAGAAGGAAGAACUCGAAGGCCACAGGACUCUCUUUGUGGGUGUUCGGAUGCCCCGGCAGAGCCAUCGACACCACAAGGCUCACGGCUCUCGGCAUCGUAAGAAAGACAAGAGGACAGGGAGCAUUACAGUACAACAAAGCGUUGGAAAUGAGAAGAAGCCCUGUCAUGACACGCCAUCCCAGCGUGUCCAGUUCAUUCUGGGAACUGAGGAAGAUGCUGAGCAUGUGGCCCACGAGUUGUUCACUGAGCUGGAUGAGAUCUGUGUGAAAGAUGGCAAAGAUGCGGAGUGGAAGGAAACUGCCAGGUGGCUGAAGUUUGAGGAAGAUGUGGAGGAUGGUGGCGAGAGAUGGAGUAAGCCAUACGUGGCUACACUCUCUCUCCACAGUCUCUUUGAGUUGAGGAGUUGCAUCAUCAAUGGCAGCGUGUUGCUCGACAUGCACGCUGACUGCAUUGAGGAGAUUGCAGACAUGGUCCUGGAUCAUCAGGAGGCGUCUCAUGAACUGGACGACAGUGUGAGGGUUAAAGUGCGGGAGGCCUUGCUAAAGAGGCACCACCACCAGAAUGAGAAGAAGAAGAACCUCAUGCCCAUCGUGCGCUCCAUCGCAGAGGGGACUCGCAAACAGUCUGAGCCCCAUCUGACAGCGGGGUCAGCCACAUCUCCCCAGCCUGCACCACCUGCAGAGCCAGCUAAAAACGGCGCAGGACAGGACGGGCAUCAAGUUGACCUCAGCAAGGUGGACCUUCACUUCAUGAAGAAGAUCCCAGAGGGAGCAGAGGCCUCCAAUGUGCUGGUCGGAGAGCUGGACUUCCUGGAGAGGCCCAUUGUGGCCUUUGUUCGCCUCUCCCCCGCUGUGCUGCUCACUGGCCUCACUGAGGUCCCGAUACCUACAAGGUUCCUCUUCAUUCUCUUGGGCCCAGAUGGAAAAGCUCAGCAAUACCAUGAGAUCGGGCGCUCUAUGGCAACCAUUAUGACGGAUGAGAUCUUCCAUGGUGUAGCUUACAAGGCAAAGGACAGAAGUGACCUACUGGCUGGUAUAGAUGAGUUCCUGGACCAGGUGACUGUCCUGCCACCAGGGGAAUGGGACCCUUCUAUCCGCAUUGAGCCACCCAAAAAUGUCCCAUCUCAGGAGAAGAGGAAGAUGCCUGGUGUCCCUAAUGGCACAGCCUACCAAGUAGAGGAAGAGCUACAUGCGGAGCACCAUGGACCAGAGCUGCAGAGAACCGGAAGGUUGUUUGGUGGUCUGAUAAUGGACAUCAAAAGGAAGGCUCCCUUCUAUCUGGGUGAUUAUAAAGAUGGUCUGAGCCUGCAGUGUGUGGCCUCAUUCCUCUUUCUCUACUGUGCCUGCAUGUCUCCUGUCAUCACCUUUGGAGGGCUGCUUGGAGAGGCAACAGAGGGACGCAUUAGUGCCAUAGAGUCCUUACUCGGUGCAUCCAUGACUGGAGUAGCCUACUCACUGUUUGCCGGCCAGCCUCUCACGAUUUUGGGUAGUACAGGACCUGUGUUAGUGUUUGAGAAAAUCCUCUUCAAAUUCUGCAAGGACUACAGCCUCUCCUACCUGUCACUAAGGGCCUGCAUUGGCCUGUGGACGGCACUGUUGUGUCUGUUGCUUGUUGCCACAGACGCCAGCUCUCUAGUGUGCUACAUUACUCGCUUCACAGAGGAGGCCUUCGCUGCCCUCAUCUGCAUUAUCUUCAUCUAUGAGGCCUUGGAGAAGCUCUGCCACCUGGGAGAAAUCUACCCCUUCAACGCACACAGCGAUCUGGACAAGCUGACACUGGCUUACUGCCGGUGUACAGAGCCUGAUAGUCCGAGCAAUAAAACUUUAGAGCUGUGGAGCGAGAGAAACAUCACAGCUGCUUCUGUUCCUUGGGCCAAUCUCACUGUCAAGGAAUGUGUGAGUCUCCAGGGACACUUUGUUGGGACGUCAUGUGGCCAUCAUGGCCCCUAUACCCCAGAUGUCCUCUUCUGGUCCGUCAUCUUGUUCUUUUCCACUUUCUUCAUGUCAGCGUUCCUCAAACAGUUCAAAACGAGUCGUUACUUCCCCACCAAGGUGCGGUCCAUGAUCAGUGACUUUGCCGUCUUCCUCACCAUUGUCUUCAUGGUAUUGCUCGACUACAUCAUAGGAGUACCCUCCCAGAAGUUAAAAGUACCCAGCAAAUUCCAGCCCACCAGAGAUGACAGAGGGUGGUUGAUCAACCCAAUAGGACGCAACCCCUGGUGGACGGUCCUGGCGGCCUCUAUCCCUGCUCUGCUCUGCACCAUCCUCAUCUUCAUGGACCAACAGAUAACUGCCGUCAUCAUCAACCGGAAAGAGCACAAACUGCUGAAAGGUUGCGGGUACCACUUGGACCUCCUGAUGGUGGGGUUGAUGCUGGCUGUGUGCUCCAUCAUGGGUUUGCCGUGGUUCGUUGCCGCAACCGUCUUGUCCAUCACUCACGUGAAUAGUUUGAAGCUGGAGUCUGAGAGCUCAGCUCCUGGAGAGCAGCCUCGCUUUCUGGGGAUCAGAGAGCAGAGGCUCACCGGCCUGGUCAUCUUCUUGCUCAUGGGAUGCUCUGUAUUCAUGACUGGGGCCCUUCAGUUCAUUCCAAUGCCGGUGUUAUAUGGUGUCUUCCUCUACAUGGGAGCCUCAUCCUUGAAGGGCAUCCAGUUCUUUGACCGUCUGAAGUUGUUUGCGAUGCCGGCCAAGCACCAGCCGGACUUCAUCUACCUGCGUCACGUGCCCUUGAGGAAGGUUCAUCUGUUCACACUCACCCAGCUGACCUGUCUCGUGCUUCUCUGGGUCAUUAAGACCUCCCCCGCUGCUAUCGUCUUCCCCAUGAUGGUUCUGGCUCUGGUAUUCAUCCGCAAACUGUUGGACCUGUGUUUCUCCAAUCGGGAGCUCAGCUACCUAGAUGAUCUCAUGCCGGAAUGGAAGAAAAAAACCCUUGAUGAUGCUUCCAAAAAGAUUGAGGAGGAGUCACAGGUUAUGCUCACUACAAAAAGUGAAGAUGCUCCAGUUGUGCACAUUCCACUGGAGAGCAGUAAACCUGUGCAUACUGCAAAGGCCCAUGACCCCAGGUGUGAUCCCUCUGAUAUUAAUAUAUCUGAUGAAAUGUCUAAAACCACCAUGUGGAAAUCUCUCAGCUCCAAUCAAAAGGACUCUCGUCCUGUGUCUGCUAAGAAGGAUUGAAGAGAUCACCUUCAUUGAUGAGUAAAAAUUCCUACAGUGCAGGUAACUGUGCCAGAUAACUGUCCACCUGGACCCCAGGAUGUGAUUUGGCUGUUUGGGACCUCCAUGCCAUCCGAGUGAUUUGUUAGUUGUGUGGAGCUGGUUGCUGUAAUUACAACCAGCUUCACACAACACUUAGGAGUACAGGACAACAACAUGUGCACACACACACUCCAACGCACACAUACAAACAGAUAGGAUUAGUUGUAAUGCAGCCUAAUAGCAAGAAGAUUUGGAGUGGGACAGAGGCUUCCCACUAACCAUUAACAUGAAAGUCAAUGGGAACCCUAAAUUGCACAACUUUCUAACUGCAUUUCCAUAAAACAGAACCAUAUUAAUUGAAAUUACUUCUCAUUGAAAUGUAGUAUGACAGGUUAGAAUUAAUUAGCAUAAGAUUGAAUCCCCUUCAAUGUUGAUAGCGAAACGAUGAAAGGCAUUCAGUCGAGAGCAGACUUGCACCAGGGCCAAACAAUUCCAAUGUGGAUCCUGGAUUUUGUCAUUCUGAUUCAUGAUUUAUUGACUGACAAUUAAAAAAAAACAAAACAAAAAAAACAUUUUAACAUUUUUUUUUUCUUAAAAGUGGGAAAGCAAUGAUUUGUCUACACCUUUAUCUGGAUGUAAAAUCUAACCGGGUCUUCCUUGGCCCUUGUGUCACCUCUAACUCACUUUCAGGGAAAUUGGUAGUUUUCGCCUGAUCCUGCUAACCUGGAAAAUAAACAGUGAUGAAGCCAUGAGGAAAACCACAAACAAUGACCAGUAUAGACUACACGAAAUGAUUGUUUAGUGUCGGAAUCAGCACUUUGCUUUUCUGCGUUCAAAUAUUAAUUUGAAUCUCGUGUUAAUAUGAAUAUAUUUUAUUUUGAUGCACCUUUUAUGUUAUUUGUAUAAUGUAAAUACAAAGUGUGUUUGUAUCUAAAUGUUUAUUUACAUGUAUUGCCAUUGUUGAAGGAUCAAAUGCGGUUUGGAAGAGAACGUUGGGUCUUCACUGAGAGAUUUUCACACUUAUCAAAAACAGAAAAUUUAGGUAUACACAAAUUAAAUGAAUAAAAUUUUACAAAAGUUAAGCACAGCAAUACUUUCACAAGUUGUCUCAUUUCCAGCUUUGUGUAUGAGUGGACUCUCAAAUAUUGUACACCAAUCCAACAGGAGUCCACUCAUGCAACACAGCCACACUCCACAAAAUGAAAUAUGUAUGUAUUUUGUUUUGUUUUAUGGAUUUCAAAGCUUUGUGGGUCAGAGUGCUGCAAGUUGAAAAUGCUUCAAUCACAGAAAACAACUGCGAAGAAAAAAUGCUGCUCGAAAGAAAUGCUGCAAUCACAAAAAACAACAGCAAAAGAAAAAUUCUGCAAGAUAAAAAUGUAAUGGAAAAAUUCUGCAAACACAAAAAAAAACACAAAUCCCAAAAUAAUUGCGAGAGAAAUGCUGCACAUUCACGCGACACAACGGAAGUCUGCCAGGCCACUAGGGGGUGCAACCUCAGGGAAGGACCAGUCCUGUGAGAAUAGAGGGUGCCUUUCAUAGACACUUGAUACGCCAGUGCCCCGUAGCAGCCCGACUAACCGACGUGGCGGCCAUGUUGGGGAAGUCGUCGUUCCCAUGGAAGGCAAUGCAUGGACUGAAAUUAGUCGUAACCCGCUCAUUCCGCAACUGAUUUUAUGAGGGUUACUGUUUUGUCAACAUCAAAGCGUAUGCUAUCAAUACGCAACAUUUGCUAAAAAGCACACACACAUAAAAAUUAUAUGUGAAAUGGACUUCCCGUUCCCUUGUGGUAAUUGUAUGGCAUUCAACCGUAUGUAGCACCACGUGGAAUGCGCUGACAACUUUGACCUCCUUAGUUUAGCGUCACUGUCAUCGUCGGGCUCAAAAUGGGCACGUCGUAUGUACCUAUACAUACCUGUGGUGCCUAUGGUCUCACAGGACUGGUCUGUCCCGGAGGCCGCGCCCACUAGCGGCCUGGCGGACCUCCGUUGUGUGGCUUAAACUUGCAGGAUUUCUCUCUUGCAGUUGUUUUGGGAUUUGUGUGUGUUUAGUUGUGUUUGCAGCAUUUUUCUUUUGCAGCUGUAUUUAAUGAUUGAAGCAUUUUUUAUCUUGCAGCAUUUUUCUUUUGCUGUUGUUUUUUGUGAUUGCAGCAUUUUUAUCUUGCAUCAUUUUUCGUUUGCUGUUAUUUUAUGUGCUUGUGUGUUUUUCGUCUUGCGUCAUUCCUGCUACGAAACAUAUGGCCGUUUUCAGUGCAUUUUCCCCUGUCGGCCACCGUAUGAAAUAGGCUUUUAAAUAAAUGUAAAUAUUAGAGGAUCUAGAUCAGUGGAAACAGCCAAAAGUAUAGCAUCUUAUUUCUUUACCUCAGACAAGCUUGUUAAAACUCCUGGAAGGCACUUUGGGUGGUUGAUGUGUUGGCCCCUUUGAGUUAUAUAGUCGUAAUUUUCUAAUAUUUGCUUUAUUUUGAAGGGGUUGGGGCGGGUUGAACAUUAUUUGAGCAAUAAUUUACCCAAAGUCUAUUUCAAUUGAACUGUAAGGAUCUUAAUUAAUAAUAGAUCUUUGUUAAUCAGUGAUCCUUUGUGUCAAUGUAGACCUUGAUGAAACUUCAGUGCUAGUGAAAUAAAUAAAUACGUUCUGAAAUAACUCCACAUUUGGCGCAUUUUCAUCCAUCACACUAAUUCUACAGUCACAUACAGAUCUUCAUUCAAGGAUCAGUUCAUAGUUGAUCCACACUCAGACUUUAAGAAUACAUUACUUGUAGUAGCACUUUCUGAGGAUAAGUAUAUUUAUGACGUUUGUUUUAUUUUCAAGAGAUCUGUUAAACUAAAUGACCUUGUAAUGAUUGACAAAAAAUUUUUAGAUAAUGAUAUUCCAACCUGUUUUAUUUUUUACUUUCUGUAUAUAGCGUAAGAAGGUCGGUGGCUUAAUAGAAAAACUGACAAGAGGCAUUUCUUUGCCUCUAAAUGACCUUGAAUUCAUUAAACUACAAGAAGAGUAAUGUGAAAGUGGUAUAAUAAGUUAUGUGUCUUAGAAUCUGCCUUUUAUUCACCAGUAAGUAGGAAACACUAUUUGUUUUAUAGUCUUUUGCGCUGUAUAUUUAAUCUGCAUAUUUUAGAUUGCGGUGCAUAGGCACAGUAAUCUUUCGCUGUAUCAUGUUGUCAUGUUAUAACACCUUCUUGGGCUGUAUGAUAGUUUUGUCUACUCGUGUCCUGUACUUUCAAUUAUGUAUGUAAAACAUUUGAAUGUUAAUAUUCUGUAUGUAUAUGAGGACCAAUAUUUAGGCUAAUCGAUGGCAUGAUAUAAUCACACUAGUGUACAGUACAUAAACAAAGCCACGAGUGAGUUGAAAUUGAAUGGCAAAAUAUAUACGUAUAGAUCUAAAUAUUUUAGAAACUAUCAUACACCAAACCAAACUGUUUAGUGAUCUGCCCCAAGACCAUAUUUAUUUUACUCGUGUAUCGUGUGUCUUGAUUUGACAACAGAAUAAUCUCUAUGUGAAUGUACGGCUGAUAUGCAGCAGAAUGUUGUCAGAUGUACUCAAUGUAGGUAGUAUACAGCAGAAGAACCACCACCUCCUGUAGCAUUAUUUUUAGAGCAUCACAACCCAUGUCGCAAUUAACUGGACUGUUCUUUUUCUCUAUAUAUACAGUAAAGUUUUCAGUCGAGCAAAAGACCUGCUGGUGAUCAUGUAUAGUGAGUAAAGAUGUGCACUCUGACCCUCUGAUUAACAUGUGACCAAGCUUCAAGGUCAAGGGAAGGUCGAGUGAAGUUUUUAGGGAGAUGAGCAACUGUACUGCAGGUGACACGGAGCCAUAAAGAGUGAGAGCUCGUUCGACUUAAAACACUCAAAGAUUGUCUCAAACUGAAGUGUACAUGUUUUAUAUGUACGUAUAUGUAAUGUUGUUUUUGGGAUUAUGUAAAAAGAAAAUAAACUAU